AUAAAUAAACAGAACAAAUAAUUUGGAUCUGAGCAGAUCAGAUCCGGGUUCAAUUCAUCGUCUUCAUCCAUUUCGGCCAUCGCCAUUUUCGAAGCUCCUCCUUCGAACGGCUGUGAUUUUAUAUUUAUUGGAGUUGCUUUUAAUUGAGAUUUUCUAGUUAAUAAUGUCUGAGCAUAUCAAAGAGACGGAACGAGUGGACGGAGAUGGACAUGUUGGAUCUGAAAAACCUAUGCCAUCAUCUCAGAUGGAGGAGGAAGUUAUAAAGAAAAAAUAUGGAGGAAUUGUUCCCAAGAAGCCACCACUCAUUUCUAAGGAUCAUGAACGUGCUUAUUUUGAUUCUGCUGAUUGGGCAUUGGGAAAGCAAGGAGUCGAGAAGCCUAAAGGACCUUUAGAAGCCCUGCGGCCGAAAUUACAGCCAACGCAACAGCAAACAAGAUACAGGAAGUCUCCUUAUGCUCCAUCAGAUGAUGAAGAUGGAGGAGCUGCUCCAAAUGAAUAUGCGAAUUAGAAUGAAUGAACGACUGCUGCUUGUGUAUGUUGUAGCUGUUUGAUUGUAUCUCAGUCCUGUUGAAUACCUAUCUAGGUAUGAGCAAUUUUCUUUUGUUUUUUAGAAUACAAUUGCUCGGGUUCGGGAUAUGUUAUUGUGCCUUCAUUAAGAAUAUAUAUCUAUUGUAUGGAGCAUGGUAACUACAUUGAUCUAUUUCAUAUUUGUCAUUGAUGACAUAGAUUAUGACAUUUUAUGAGUCAAAUUCAAGAAUGUUUUAGCAGAUUUGUGAGAAAUAUAUAGCUUGAUCUUCUUCCU